AUGCAGGCCUUGGUGUGGUUAUUGUCAUUAACUUACGCGAUCUCGCUAAACGGAUAUCCGGAAAGUACGUUAAUUGAAAUUUUAAUCUGUUUACGCUGAUAAAUGAUAGCGAGUAAAUUAUGCUGCGUUCUCUUUAUCAAAAAAACUUAUUAAAGUGAAAUUUGAAUAUUUUGCAAAUUUGGUUUUAAAAUAAAGAAGAAUUUCGCAUUAUACAAAAAACCGCAUUAAUAAAACCCAAUGCGUCAUGUCAUGUUUCGUUCUAAAUUUAUGCACGAAUCUGCGAAUUUAAGAUCAAUUUGAGAGUUGAAUAUGUGAGGAGGUAAAGAGGCUCAGUUUUUCAAUACGAUUAGUACGAAUCGCUCCCACUUAAUUAAUAUGCCUCAGACUUACUGCAAAAUUCAUUUGUGCGAGUUAUCUGGAGGAGUUGACAUACAAUUUCUGUCAAAUAUUAUACUGAAAAUUUCCGCUAAUGCUAAAAAUAUGCUGAAAAUUGUGCAAAAUGCCUUAAUGGAUCUCCGUAGUCAAUACUUGGAAGAUCUGUAGGCUUCAUGCUGGCAUGCGUGGCUGACAUAUAAUAGACAUCAGCAGGGUACUACAUACGGAAAUAAAUGCAGGACUCUUGCUGGGUAGUCCUGUUAUUGCACACAGUCUUGCAAAGCGAAGCUUGCAAUACAAAGCAGAUUACGUUAAUAAUUUUGCUUACGCUGAUUGAUGAUGCCGGAUGAUAAGGCUUCGUUGUCUCCAUCGUCAAAAUGUGUUUUAAGUACAAUUCUGCAAAUUUGGAGAAAAAUGCCAAAUAAUCUCAUAAAAAAUGACCCAACCACAUUAUACACGUCACUGCGAUACUUCAUCAAAAUUUUCAAAUAUAUGGACGAAUUUUCCAGUCGCAAAUAGAAAGCUGGGAUUUGAAAAUACGAGAGAGAGAGAGAGCCUGGAGGUACAUUGUUUAAUAAAAGUUUGACAGAAUUCGCUAAAAUCUAUAUAGAAUACGAUAAUAUUAAGGAAAUAAUCACAACGCUAGAAAACUAGUCAGCAAAAUACAAAAGACUGUAAAAGAAAAUGCAAAAAGACGCACCAGAAAAAAUAAGAAAGAUCAUACGAGACGAGGUGAAAAUUUGAGGUUAGAGAAGGCUACGCGAAAACAAAAGAGAAGAAAGAGAUAUGAUAAAAAUAAUACCAAAUGUAAAAAAAACGCUACUGAAGGGUGAAAAGAGAAGCAGAGGGCAAAAAGUUCGCAAAAAGAGAUAAAAAAUUGACAGCAAAGAAAAAAUGCGAACGGAUGAACAAAUAAAAACCAUGAAAAAGUGAAGGCAACAGAUACGAAAGUAAAUUCAAAAAGAAUAGGAGCAUGUGAAUGAGUAUGCAUGAAAAUAAGCGCGUCCGAAAUAUGCUGGCCAUUGUAUUUGAAUGUUGAUGUCAUUUUCAGAAAAAAAAAGAGGUUUGAAAUAGAAUAUGUCAGUUGAUGACAUUUUAACCUAACUGCACUGCGACGGGCUACAAAGGCUGUUCACAUACUCGAACAUUUUACAAUGAGCAGCGCCCGACGUCCUUGAAACUCUAUCCUCUCCACUACAGGCAGUAGAGAGGUAAUCUUAUAGCAGGGUAUCACUUGCAAAGAGGACUUGAUCUGUAUGUCAGCUGUGAAACUCUUUUUUGAAAUGGCACCAAAGACUAAUCACAGACGACACGAUUACCAGUUCAAAAAGGAACUGUGCCACACAAAUCAACGUUCCUCCUUUUUCUCGCAAACAGUCAUUCGCCAAUGGAAUUCUAUACUAACGUAUUUCGUUAAUCCGCCUACCGUGAGUGUGUUCAAGAGAAAUCUGGAUAAUCACCUGUUAAAAGGCAAUUCGAACUCGCCAAGCCCUAUCUAUUUGAUUACUGAAUUGACUGCCUACAUACUACUAAACCGAAUUCAGCCGAUCUUCCGGAUAAGAUGUAGUCAUGUAGCAACAUCUGAUGUGCACAAUGCUGUUGGAGUUGGAGUUGGGGGUUAGAAUUAGGGAUGAGGAUUUGGGGUUUGGGGUUAGGGUUGGGGGCUAGGGUUAGGGAUUUGUGCAACUAUUUCUCAACCACUCAAUAUACAACCGCGCAUUCCCAAUAGCUUUUCUUUUGUAUACACUGCUUAAACUCCUCGCCUGUGAGUUCCCCUGCUCCACCUGAAAAAGCCCUAUUACCACUGGUCCCGUAUUACAGGUGGUUGGGGUUUGUUUACUUCAGGCGGGGCCACAUAACCACAUCUGACCUUCUUUAUGUGUACAUUCACUUUGACCCAGAUGAAAAAAAAUCAUAGUGCGAAUGCCGGGAACGGUACAUGGGAAAUGCCAUACCAUGUUUGCAUUUAUGUUUCACCAUUCGAUUUAUGCAUUCUGCAUAAUAAAACUACAUGCAAAUCGUUUGCAAGUUGACUAUUUCAUUUCCACCUCUAUAGUUUGAGUGGAGUGUUCAGGGCCUCUCUAAUUUACUCCAAAAAUACUGACUGAGUGAAAAUUCCGUAGACUGAUUUAACACUAAUUCGUUAGGUCUUCACUAAAUGGCGACGAAUGUAGCAAUUUUAUGAUUGUCAUUUUAUGGGCGGCAGCAUACCAAAAGAUAUCUGGUUCCCGCUCGUCAGAUCCAGGCUUGUUAUGGUGGCUUGGCGUGGGCUGCAAUCGGCGAACGGCAAUAAAAAGGAAUACCAGAUCGUCGCGAAGGAUAUCAAGACAAACAAAUGUUUGAAAUUUACAUCGAUGACGACCAGCGCCUUGCUGUACAUACUAGAGCCGGAUACGACGUACCUAAUUACACUUAGUGCUGACGGCCAAGAUGGUAACUGCCCUGGACAAGGAAUUUCAGGAGAAGUGAGAACAUUGAAAUUGGGUAAAAGUGUCUAGCGCAUAUGAUAUUUUUAUAUAACACUAUAACGAAUAAUGGACAGAUGCGAUCAGUGCAUGAGGGUGAUUAAAGGCCAACGGACUAUGGAACUAUAAUCGUGGGUCUCAAGUCAUAGAGCACAGGGAGACCAGAAUUUGGCGCAUAAGACGAGUUCAUAGCAAUGAGCAAAUAGGUGUGUUCUAGGGAGGGAUAUUAACCUGAGACCGUCGAUGAGAAAACACCAAAUGUCGAUGCGCCAGAUUUUCUUAGUAAAUGGGCAGUCAGUGUCUGGAAGUAAGGGACUAUGGUGUCGCAAAUAGUAAAAUUGCAGAUUUAAAACUGCGUUCAUUGCCUCACCGCGGAGUAAAGGGUCUACUGCCUUGGUGUGGGGAUUUAGAAUUGUGCAGUGACAUAGGAGUGGAUAUCGUCUGUGUCACACGGCAGUUACAUUUCUACGGGCACCGACUAAGGCCACCUGGUGCUGGUAUUCAAGGCAACUGUAAGCUCACGCAAAACGACAGGCAAUCCACGAUGAGGAAGAAAUAUUCAUGAGGAGUGAGAAGAAGUAACGACCAUUUCUUGCACUGUUGCGUCACUAUGGUGCAGGUCCUAGAGGAGCUGAUAAAUGAACCGUCUCCAUAUCAGAUCAGUAUAUCAGUACGAAUUGCUCAUGGACAUGCGACUGUAGAAGUAGGGGACUCAUAGCACAGUGGACGAGCAAAUCGGAAAGUGCUUUCGUCGACUCCGGGUCACCAACACAACCAAUAUGCUUGACGCCAGGGUUAAAGUAAUAAAAAGCCUGACCCGUUCACACAAUGAGCAACACACGGAAGAAUUAAGCAUCAACUUGCACUUAUCGAUGGUUGCAUUUGUCGGUUGGGUGAAAAUAGGUAUGCCUGAUAUUUACCCGUCAAUUUCAAUUGCCUAUCUUGACAUCGCAUCCAUACUAAUGUUUUGUCGACGUCAUUAGUGUUCAGAGGAAGAUUGGUAUACGGCGGAGCAUCAACGAAAAUCCAAAGGAUUGUAUUGAAUAGGGUAGGUAGUCUAGUGAAAGGACGCCCACAGAGGGUGGUUUUUAGAUAUUCUGCGUUUCCACAAUGGAUGGCAUUCGAUUUGCCUGGUCCUUAAGCAUGGAUAACGGCGAUCUCAUUUGGUUUCAGGCAAUGAGUUCGAUGUGGAUGUGCAAGCUGAAGCGACUGGUGCGGAUUCCAUUCGCGUCACCUGGACACCACCGAAAGGCUACAAGACUGAUGACAUACAGGCUUACAGCCUGUAACUAUGGGGGUCCCCUGUUGAUCUGAAUGAAUAUGCGAAACCAAUUGCUACACCCUUUGCGGAUCGAAACGUCACAGCCCACACAUUCAAAUCCUUGUCGCCGUUUACAACCUACACAGUUAUGGUAAAACUUGUACUCUCGGAUGUCUCGAAACCUUCUGAGUUUGGUCUGGCGUCGGCUACGACAGGUCAGUCCGUAGUUAUGGAAUGCGUGAGAGUUUGCUUCCUUUUAACUAUUGUCAUGAUUACAGUUUAUCAGACACAUGUACACAUUGUAUUGACGAAACUAUGAUUUUUUAACACUAUGCACCAAUAAUCGCCUAUUUUCGUCUGAAGGAUACAUUUACGUGCGACAGAACAUGAUGAAAGAGGUGAUUUAAAAGGAAACAAUCUCUGAGCACUGUUUCGCUCGUGACAAUCAUUUCAGCUGCCAUGACUUAUUCGAAACUAGUUGCCUUCCCUUCUAUUAUAAAUAGCAACAUGCUGCACGAGAUCCGAUUAUGCCGCAGGUCAAUUAGAUGGGUCUUGCUCGUCUAAAGUUGCUUUAUCAUAUUUGGUCUUACUGUCUGUCCCAGUGACUGGGUGUAUUUUUGUAGUUUAGUUGAGGGUUUAAUGGCAAUUGCAAAAAACACACAACAGAAUAGGCGGACUUAUUACUUGCAUCUACUAGGGGAAUGCACGUGAGACCAUUUUAACCGUUCGCCUAUUAGAUCAUAGGGUGUGUGUGCGUGUGUGUGUGUGUCUGCACCGCAGGCAUGGUCAGUCGACCAUGUCAGCCACCGCGCCCAUUUCCCACUCUAGUCUACUGACCGGCUCGGACAGCGCCUGCGUAGUGGGAGUGGGAAGGGAGAUUGAGGUCGACGACUUAGCGCACUUUCCUCACUAUAAACAAUCUGACGCGCUUGAAGCUAUCAUGGUGCGUUAAAAGCCGUGGCUUGGAAGGUUGCCAACUGACGGGAUAACUUGGACCUCCUCCUUGACUGCUGGUGGUCUGAGAGUCAGGCUGCAAUGGCUCCUUUUUAAUGUGGCCUUUAUGGCACUCCUACCACAGUGUGGGAUCCGAGCCAGGCGUUGGCGGCACGCCUAGGUGCGGCUUCGACCGUGCCAGCCUCCAAAUCUCUCUUGUGUUGGUUGAAAUCGUGGUUAUUUGUUGUGUGGACCAGGGGGUGUGGUGGAACGCCAAGGUGAGGAUCCGUCCGAGCCAUCCACCUGCGGUCUCCCCAGUCUCCGGUCUUCUUGACUCUGUCUUGACACUGGGCCCAGGCGGGGAAGGAGGAGAUAGUGUGGGUGGAUGCAGCGCAAGUCUACCGGCACUAUAAACCCCUGCGCAAUUCCCCGUCCCUGCUCCCACAUGAUGUGGGGCACACGGUGGACAUCAUCGAAAUCGAUGGUCGAACUGUCGUGUGUCUGCACCAAAGCGCAUCAGAAAUAUACUGGUCAUUGUAGUUGAAUGUUGAUGUCAUUGCCAAAAAAACAGAGGUUUAAAAUAGAAUAUGUCAGUUGAUGAUAUUUUAACCUAACUGUACUGCAACGUGCUACAAAGGCUGUUCAUAUACUCGAACAUUUUACAAUGAGCAGCGCCCGACGUCCUUGAAACGCUAUCCUCUCCACUACAGGCAGUAGAGAGGUAAUCUUAUAGCAGGGUAUCACUUGCAAAGAGGACUUGAUCUGUAUGUCAGCUGUGAAACUCUUUUUUGAAAUGGCACCAAAGACUAAUCACAGACGACACGAUUACCAAUUCAAAAAGGAACUGUGCCAUACAAAUCAUCGUUCCUCCUUUUUCUCGCAAACAGCCAUUCGCCAAUGGAAUUCUAUACUAACGUAUGUUGUUAAUCCGCCUACCGUGAGUGUGUUCAAGAGAAAUCUGGAUAAUCACCUGUUAAAAGGCAAUUCGAACUCGCCAAGCCCUAUCUAUUUGAUUACUGAAGUGACUGCCUACAUACUACUAACACGAAUUCAGCAGAUCUUCCGGAUAAGAUGUAGUCAUGUAGCCACAUCUGAUGUGCAAAAUGCUGUUGGGGUGGAAGUUGGGGGUUAGAAUUAGGGAUGAGGAUUUGGGGUUUGGGGUUAGGGUUGGGGGCUAGGGUUAGGGAUUUGUGCAACUAUUUCUCAACUACUCAAUGUACAACCGCGCAUUCCCAAUAGAUAGCCUUUGCAUACAUCUACUUGACCUCCUCGCCUGUGCGAUCCCCGGAACCACCUGAAAAAACACCUAUUACCACCGGUCCCGUAUUACAGGUGGUUGGGGUUUGUUUACUUCAGGCGGGGCCACAUAACCACAUCUGACCUUCUUUCUGUGUACAUUCACUUUGACCCAGAUGAAAAAAAUCAUAGUGCGAAUGCCGUGAACGGUACUUGGGAAAUGCCAUACCACGUUUGCAUUUAUGUUUCACCAUUCGAUUUAUGCAUUCUGCACAGUAAAACUGCAUGCAAAUCGUUUAAAAUUUGACUAUAUCAUUCCCACCUCUAUCGUUUAAGUGGAGUUUUCAGGGCCUCUCUAAUUUACUCCAAAAAAUACUGACUGACUAAAAAUUUCGUAGACUGAUUUAAUAAUAAUAUGCUAGGUCUUCACUGACUGGCGACCAAUGCAGCAAUUUUAUGAUUGUCAUUUUAUAGGCGGCAGCAUAUCAAAAGAUAUCUGGUUCCCGGUCGUCAGAUCCAGGAUUGUUAUGAUGGCUUGGCGUGGGCCGCAAUCGGCGAACGGCAAUAAAAAUGAAUACCAGAUCGUCGCGAAGGAUACCAAGACAAUCAAAUGUUUAACAUUUACACCAAUGAAGACCAGCGCCUUGCUGUACAUACUGGAGCCGGAUACGACGUACCUAAUUACAGUUAGUGCUGACGGUCAAGAUAGUAACCGUGCUGUACAAGGAAUUUCAGGGGAAGUGACAACAUUGAAAUUGGGUAAAAGUGUCUAGCACAUAUUAUAUUGUUAUAUUACACUAUAACGAAUAAUGAAUAAAUGCGAUCAGUGUAUGUGGGUGAUUAGCAGUUAACGAACUAUCGAACUAUAAUCGUGUGUCUCAAGUCAUAGAGCACAAGGAGACCAGAAUUUGGCGCAAAAGGCGAGUUCAUGGGAAUGAGCAAAUAGGUGUGCUCUAGGGAGGUAUGUUCACCUGAGACUGUUGAUAAGAAAACACCAAAAGUCGAUGCGCCAGAUUUUCUUAGUAAAUGGGCAGUCAGUGUCUAAAGUGUCGCAAAUGGUAAAAUUGCAGAUUGAAAACUGCGUUCAUUGCCUCACCGUUGAGUAAAGGGUCCACUGCCUUGGUGUCGGGAUUUAGAAUUGUGCAGUGACAUAGGAGUGGAUAUCGUCUGUGUCACACGGCAGUUGCAUUUCUACCGGCACCGACUAAGGCCACCUGGUGCUGGUAUUCAAGGCAACUGCAAGCUCAGGCAAAACGACAGGCAAUCCACGAGGAGGAAGAAAUAUUCAUGAGGAGUGAGAAGAAGUAACGACCAUUUCUUGCACUCUUGCGUCACUUUGGUGCAGGUCCUAGAGGAGCUGAUAAAUGAACCGUCUCCAUAUCAGAUCAGUAUAUCAGUACGAAUUGCUCAUGGACAUGCGACUGUAGAAGUAGGGGACUCUUAGCACAGUGGACGAGCAAAUCGGAAAGUGCUUUCGUCGACUCCGGUUCACCAAAACAACCAAUAUGCUUGACGCCAGGGCUAAAGUAAUUAAAAGCCUGACCCGUUCACACAAUGAGCAACACAGGGUAGAAUUAAGCAUCAACUUGCACUUAUCGUGGGUUGAAUUUGUCGGUUGGGUGAAAAUAGGUAUGCCUGAUAUUUACACGUCAAGUUCAAUUGCCUGUCUGGACAUCACAUCCAUACUAAUGUAUUGUCGACGUCAUUAGAGUUCAGAGAAAGAUUGGUAUACGGCGGAGCAUCAACGUAAAUCCAAAGGAUUGCAUUGAAUAGGGUAGGAAGUCUGGUGAAAGGACGCCCACAGAGGAUGGUUUUUAGAUAUUCUGCGUUUCCACAAUGGAUGGCAUUCGAUUUGCCCGGUCCGUAAGUAUGGAUAACGGUGAUUUCAUUUGGUUUCAGGCAAUGAGUUCGAUGUGGAUGUGCAAGCUGAAGCGACUGGUGCGGAUUCCAUUCGCGUCACCUGGACACCACCGAAAGUCUACAAGACCGAUAACAUACGGGCUUACAGCCUCUACCUAUGGGGGUCCCCUGUUGAUCUGAAUGACUAUGCGAAACCAAUUGCUACAGGCUUUGCGGAACAAAACGUCACAGCCCACACAUUCAAAUCCUUGUCGCCGUUUACAACCUACACAGUUAUGAUAAAACUUGUACUGUCGGAUGACUCUAAACCCUCUGACUUCGGUCUGGCGUCGGCAACGACAGGUCAGUCCGUAAUCAUGGAAUGCCUGACAGUCUGCUUCCUUUUAACUAUUGUCGUGAGUACAGUUUAUCAGACCCAUAUACACAUUGUAUUGACUAACCCAUGAUUUUUUAAAAUUAUGCUUCAAUAAUAGCCUAUUUUCGUCUGAAGGGAAGAUUUACGUGCGACAGAACAUGAUGACUGAUGUGAUUUAAAAGGAAACAAUAUCUGAGCUAAGUCUUCCGCGGGACAAUCACUUCAGCUGCCAUCAAUUUUUCGAAACUAAUUGCCUUCCCUUAGAGCAACACGCUGCACGAGAUCCGAUUAUGGCGCAGGUCGAUGAGACGGGUCUUGCUCGUCUAAACCUGCUUCAGCAUAUGUGGUCUUACUGUCUGUCUCAGUGACUGGGUGUAUUUAUGUAGUCUAGUUAAGGGCGUACCGGCAAUUCCAAAAGCGCUCAACAGAACAGGCGGACUUAUUACUCGCUUCAACUAGGAGAAUGCACGUAAGUCCAUUUCGACCGUUUUCCUCGAAGAUCAUAUGUGGGUAUUUGUGUGUUUGUAGCAAACCGCAUCGGAUAUAUGCCGGUCAUUUUGGUUGAUAAAUUAUGUCAUUUUCAGCGAAAACCUAGGUUUGAAGUAGAAUAUGUCAGUUCAUGUCGUGUUAAGGCGUUCUCUCUUGAUCCGUCGACGACAGCUCUAUCCUUCUCCUCCUCCCUUCUCUCACUGUGAUAGUCCGCCGUAAGUAUUUAUGUAUGCGGAUUGGGAUGAGUACGUGCUUUGGCAGAACAUUUGUUUUUGCCUUUACACGCGUACGCCCCCUACAGCUAUAGGACUCGUUGUCAUGAAUCAAUGCAGUACGGUGUGUUUGGAUUUUAACUAUGCAGCUAAGUGCAUGAAUGAAUUUAAGAUAAGCAGUUUUCAUCCGUGGGAUAUGAAAGAACAUUUAGCGUAUAGAAUAAGCAGUAUCACACGUGUUUGUGCGCACAGCUGUCAUAUUUACUGGCAUGUCCUCAAUGCCGAUUAUGCCGGAGUUGAAAUGUGAGGGAUAUCGUGCUCGAACGUCGAUCAACUGAUGCCAACCAUUUUCGGAGCAAAUGUGCUGUUGGUUCAAAAAGGGCGAAACUAAAUUCGACGACACCUGCUAACAUGUGGACGCGAAGUGGUGUUUGCUUUGGCGUCAAAGGCACUCGAGGAAGUGCAGAAAGCAGAAGGUUGUGGAGAACGACGAUAAAUAAAAGAGGGAAGCCGUGGCCAUUAGGACUACGAUUACGAAAACCACGAGGAUGACAAAAAGGUCGAAGGGUAGACUGGCUGAAGUCAUUCCAAAUGAAAAUUUGCUUGGUAGCGCAAACUGCGACACACGAGCAUUUGUCGGAGAAGGAAACUGUUCAGCCUCGUAGAUGAUGAUAGCACAAAUAACUUGACGAACAUCAUCGGUCUGAAGGCGACGAUCUCCCCUUACUAAAAUACUCAAACAUCCUUUAACUGCUGCACACAACUUUAGCAGCGAAUAUGUUGGUGCAUCGAAGAGAGCGAAAAGCUAUUUGACGACGCUAGCGGAAAGUGAAAAGUGGAUAAAUAGGAAAAAAACAAAUCAAACAUGUGCAUAGAACGCACUCUAAAAAUGUAACCAUGUUUGUACAUAAUUUGUUGGCUAACCAUUCACAUAAUUCAUAUAAUUGCAUUUCAUAAGGCCUUCAGUCGUAAAGUAAAGGCCUGGAAUUCAAAUAUCAAGAGAGGAGUGAGGGUAUGAUUUGGAUGUCUGGGACCUGUAUACUUCAAUGCCUGUCGUAACGUGGACUGCCUCAGAAAAUCAAAUGUAGGAAGUAAUUUGACGGAGUUGCACAAGUGUAUUCUGCGUCGGUCGAAAAAUAUUCCGCACAUAUUUUAAUGCAUGACUUAGCUUUUGAUGACAUGUUUUUUCAUUCUAUUUCGUUUUUCAGCCGGGCCACAACUCAUCGACUCUUAG